AUGCUGAACCGGGUCCUGAGGAGAUCAUACGCCACCCUAUCCAACGAAGCCGCAGCCGCGCGUACAGGCUCCACGCCACUAGCCGUCCGCGAGCGCCGCGCCCGCCGCCCCGGAGGCUCAAUCGGCAGGACACUGCCCGGCUCAGACACCCUCACUUCUGGCUUGACGCCGUCCGAGUACCAGGAAUACAUCCGGGAGAAGGCCAAGGCGAAGCACGGGGAGAUGCCGUCGCCGGAGGAGUGGUUGCGGGAUGUCCAGGCGAAGCGUGCGCGGUUGCGGGGCAUGCGGGCAGUAGAAGUCGAGGUGCCGGAGGGAAAGUCAGUCACGGUGCUGAGCCCCGUCGGCCAGCGCGUCUUCCUCCCGAACGUGCUCUUCCGCAUGAUCCGCAACCACACGCCGAAAGGGCAGGCGUACAACCCGUACGAGGCGACGUUCAGGAUCGACAAGUCGCUCACCAAGAACGACGUCCGCAACUACCUCUGGUCCGUUUACGGCGUCCAGACCACCUACGUCCGCACCGAUAUCUACCACGAGGCACGACCGUCGCGCAGUCAGCGCGUCAGGAGUUACUACCAACAACGCGCGGCCAAUAACCGCGGGGGCAAGCGUGCCGUCGUCGGUCUCGUCGAGCCGUUUUACUACCCCGACGCGGUGGAGGAUAUGUCCAAGGACGACAGGACCAAGUUCCUCGACAUUCUCGAGCGUAUGACGGCCAAGGAGGCCAGGAGGGAGCAGAACCUCAAGCAGGUCUUCGCCACCAUCAAGAAGCACGCCGACAAGUGGACCUGGACCGGCCCGCUCACCACUUCGCGAGCCGUCAUCUUGCGAAGGAUUGCCGAGCGCAGGGCAGCGAGGGAGGCGGAGAUCGAACGCACAAAACAGGAUAUGGUUGCGUCGCGUGGGGCAGGCAAGGUCGUCGAGGCGGAGAUUGUCGAGGCUUCAUAG